GUAUUUUCUAAACAACGGUGGACAUGGAGGCCUGUUUGAUAAUCUGCUGUCUGCUUGCGGGUGUUUAUUCUGUGGAGUCAGUGAUCAGUGUGAGUGGACGUGUGGGGGGAUCAGCAGUGAUCGGAUGUCGCUAUGAUGCAGGAUACGAGACCUAUUCCAAGUACCUCUGCAGAGGACACUGCCCUGCUUCCUGGAUUUCUGACUCAAAAGACAUUCCUGUCCAGACUGAAUCCAAACAGACCACAGCAGACAAUGGAAGAUUCCAUCUCCAUGACAACACUGCUUCUAGAAUCUUCACCGUCACCAUCACUGGACUGACUGCAAAGGAUGCUGGGAAGUAUUGGUGUGGGGUUAACACUGGAUUUGGAUCCAAAGAUGUCUACACUGAAGUGGAGUUAACUGUGGAAACUAUUAAUCCCUCCACAACCUCAUAUGAGAACAGCACUCUUCCAUCUUCUCCUCCCACAUCUCCCCCGUUCAACCUCACCUCCUCUGCCCCACACCUGGGCAACAUCACUGAUCCAGUCCUUGGGAGGGGACAAGCAGAGGAGGAGGAAGAGGAGGAGGGAGGUGAUGAAGAAGGUGUCUCGGUCGUGGUGGUGGGGGUGUUGUGUGCUGUGGCACUGGUCAUCGUAGUGCUGACUGGUGCUGUGGUGUCACUUGCCUACUACACACACAGGAAGAAGAAGCAGGAGCAGCCAGACAUCGGGCCAGCUAGUCUUCACAGCAGUACACCAACUGAAGAGCCCAACGACUAUGAGGAGCAUGUGGACAUGGGUAGUGCAUCUGGGGCGACUGGGGCCAGAGCAUCAGUGAGCUCCAUCUAUUGUCUUGCUGAAGGGCCAAGGAAGUCUCCCUCAGUGCCUUCCCUCUACGCCUCCACUGCUGCCAUCGCCACCAAACAUCAGGACGCACAACAACAACAACAGCAGCAGCAGCAGCCCAUGGACCAGGACAAUAACGACGCUCCCAUUUACUGCAAUGCGCCACCGCCACAAGCCACUGCAAGAAGAAACUACACCCUCCACAGUGAAUAUAUUAAAUGCUAUAUAACGAGAUUCUUGCAGGCAGUGAAAAAAGGUGUUUACUGUGUGGAGUCAUUGAUCAGAGUGAGUGGACGUGCAGGUGGAUCAGCAGAGAUCAGAUGUCCCUAUGAUGCUGGAUAUGAGACCUACUCCAAGUACCUCUGCAGAGGAGACUGUACGUAUGGCAAUAAAGACAAAGCUGUUGAAACUGAUGGGUGGACCACUAAUGUGACCAAAGGAAGAUUCCAUCUCCAUGACAACACCGCUUCUAGAAUCUUCACCGUCACUAUCACUGGACUCACUGCAAAGGAUUCUGGGAAGUACUACUGUGGAGUUAAAACUGGAUUUUUAUAUCACGACGCAUACACAGAAGUGUACCUUACUGUAAGAGAUAUGGUUCCCUCUCCACACUCGACCCAUGAACCAGCCCCAUACGAGAGCCACACUCCUCCAUCGUCUCCCCCCAAUUCUCUGACAGCCAUCCCUACCUCCUCUGCUCCUGUCCAGGGCAACACAACUGGCAUUCUCUCUGAUGAGCCUGUGAUCAGGGUGACUGGAUAUGUGGGUGAAUCAGCAGAGAUCAGAUGCCCUUAUGAUGGAGAAUUCGAGACCAACUCCAAGUACUUUUGUAGAGGAAAGUGUUCCCGUACUGUUUUCAUUGACACAAAAGACAUUCGUGUUAAGACUAAAAAAGCUCAGACCACAGCAGUCAAUGGAAGAUUCCAUCUCCAUGACGACACUGCUUCUAGAAUCUUCACCGUCACCAUCACUGGACUAACUGCAAAGGAUUCUGGGAAAUAUUGGUGCGGAGUGAAAACGGGAAAAGAAAGAAUGGAUGUGUACACUGAAGUGGAGUUGACUGUGGCAGGUAUGCCAAACACAGCUACGGCAUGA